UACCCAACGCGGCAAGUUCUCGCCCUCUCUCACUCCCGCCCUCGAGGAUUAUCUGGCGGCCUGGUGCACAGAUCCACAGAGCCGGAUGCGGCCACUGGUUGCUUCCCCGCUUCUAGUUGCUGCUUCGUGAGGCGUUUCGCUCGACGAGGCCCGGCAUCGCUUGCCACUCGGGGAGUGGCAGUUGGUUCAGAAAGCCCAUGUCAGGUUGAGGAAAUGACUUCUGCAAGGGCCAUGAAGUAUCUCCAUUGCUGUGAGAGUCAUGGAUAUUUAUUCCCCUGUCUUCCUCUUCCUUGGAUCGUUGUCUCCUUGGCCCUGAAUUUUCUCUGAUACUAGAAUGCAAUGACUUUUGAAGAGUUGCCAAACAAGGACUGGUAUAGCAUUCUGGGUGCAGAACCAUCGGACAGUUUGAUAGAACUGAAGAGGAAAUAUCAAAAGCUUAUAUUAUCGUAUCAUCCAGACAAACAGAGCACAGAUGUGCCAGCAGGAGAAGUGGAGGCGCGCAUGCAGAGGUUCAUCGAAAUUGAUCGAGCGUGGAAAAUUCUAGGGAACGAAGAGACAAAAAAAGAGUAUGACCUGCAGCGGCGUGAACAUGAAUUAACCCAAGGAUGGCCUGUGGAUGCUCAGGUGUCACUUGAAGAUAUGGCCUGGAAUCUCAAUGAUCACUGUUAUUCUCUCAUAUGUCGAUGUGGUGGAAAAUACACUGUCUCCCAAAAAGAAGCUGAAGAGGUUUCACUAGUAUGCUGUGAUACUUGUUCAUUACUUAUAGAGAUUCUUCGAUGACUCCGCAAAGGAUAUGGGAAACACAAAAGAUGUAUUGUGUUAGGCAACUAAUGGACAAUAUGUCAGUAAAUACCAUAGUAGAAAAAUGCACAAUAACUGUUAAGAACGUUAGUACAAACAAGUUUUCUUUCCGCAUCAGAGAUUCCUUUUUUAAAAUCCCUGCAAAUUAUGCUCCAAAUGUCUUUUAAUUUGAAUUGUCCAUAUCUUAGUGUAUGAGAUUUAAACACUACAUUUCUUCUGCUUGCACGAGUGAGCACCAUUUAAUGUUAUCCUCCUAUUCUGGUAUCAUGAUUACUCCUUUCUGAGGAUAAUGCAUCCUGUACCCAAGAUGAACAGGACUUGGAAUACUGAUCUUAAACUGAAAAGUGGGCUUCUGAAAGCAUACGUGCUGCCAUUUCAAAACCAAUCCAGUACAAUAUGCAGUACAGUCGACUCACAACUUAUGGAAGCAUUUCUGUUUGACAUAUGGAACAAUCCCCCAUCUCCUCUCCCUGGGCGCCGUUUUGGGGGUUCUCUCAGCCCUCCAGAGUGGAUUUGGGGGUGAUGUGGGGUGCACAGAGGAAAGAGAAGGGGAAAGCCAUGCUCUGCUAGUAGGAGUGCUUGUGCUAGCUUCUUGCUAGUGUGGUGGAUUAGUUCAAUCCAUCCCCCAGAGCAUACUAAUCCCACUCUUUAAAGAGCACUUGCAAAGAAGUUCCUAAUAAGCUGGCACUUGCUUAUUCCCAGCUUUUGAAAAAUGUUACACCUGUGAAACUGUAUUGCCCUUUUUAGAAAAAUCUGAUAAACUUUCUAGUAUAUGCCAUGUUACUUAAGAACCGUCUGUUUAAAACUAUAGGAAACCCGUGGCUUCAGGACUCCUACUAGUUCCUAUAUGUGUGGUUCUGAGGGGAAACACUUGCAUUUUAUGAGAGCCAUAAUGAAAGAAGGCAGAACUCCGUAAGACUGUCAGAAGGAUUUAUAAAUGGGAUAAAUGGAAAUUGUUAUAUAUAUGAAGCAACAUUAUUUCCCAGUAUUACGACCCUUACUUACAUCUACAAGGAACGUCUCGAUGUUCUUGUUUAUUUUAUAUCAAAAUACAUUAUUAGCCUUUUAAAAAUUAGUAAAGAAGUCAGCAUAGAUGACACUGCCUAAGUCACUUAGUCAUUCCAAAUUCUGUGACUGUUGGGACUUGCACGUAGGAAUCCAAAAUCAGUCGGAGGCCAGAGCUGUAAAAAUAAAAUGAAUAAAUUACUUAA